AUGGCUGCGCAGGGGGUGCGCCCCGCGUUCGGCUUGCUGGCCGUGAGCGGCUGGCUCCUGGCCAUGGCACAGGUGGAUUCUGAUGACACGAUUACCACAGAGGAGCAGAUUUAUCUUCUCCUGGAAGCCAAAAUCCAGUGUGAACUGAACAUCACUACCCAACUACAAGAAGGAGAGGGUAACUGCUUUCCAGAAUGGGAUGGACUAAUAUGCUGGCCCAGGGGCUCACUGGGAAAAAUGUUGGCUGUUCCAUGCCCUCCUUAUAUAUAUGACUUCAAUCACAAAGGGGUGGCUUUCAGACACUGUAGCCCUAAUGGAACAUGGGACCUUGUGCAGGGUUUGAACCGAACGUGGGCCAAUUACUCGGACUGCCUUCGCUACUUACAGCCAGAAAUCAGCUCGGGGAAGCGGGAAUUCUUUGAACGUCUCUACAUUAUGUACACUGUUGGAUAUUCUAUGUCCUUCAGUUCUCUGGCAGUGGCUGUUUUCAUCAUUGGCUACUUCAGGAGGCUGCACUGCACCAGGAAUUGCAUCCACAUGCAUCUCUUUGUCUCUUUCAUGCUAAGAGCUGCCAGCAUCUUUAUCAAGGACAAAGUUGUGCAUACGCACAUAGGCGCCAAAGAACUGGACUCUCUGCUGAUGAGUGACCUCCGGAGCACUGUAGUGGCACCUGCAAUUGACAAGUCACAAUACGUGGGGUGCAAGAUUGCGGUUGUGAUGUUUAUUUACUUCUUGGCCACCAACUACUACUGGAUCCUGGUUGAAGGCCUCUACCUGCACAGCCUAAUCUUUGUGGCUUUCUUUUCGGAUACCAAAUACCUGUGGGGCUUCACCUUGAUAGGCUGGGGAUUUCCGGCUGUGUUUGUAGGAGCCUGGGCAGUGGUCCGUGCAACGCUGGCAGAUGCAAGAUGCUGGGAGCUCAGUGCCGGCGCUAUCAAAUGGAUUUACCAAGCACCGAUAUUAGCAGCCAUUGGGCUGAACUUCAUUCUGUUCCUGAAUACUGUACGAGUUCUGGCAACCAAAAUAUGGGAGACAAAUGCUGUUGGGUAUGACACAAGGAAACAAUACAGGAAGCUAGCAAAGUCCACCUUGGUUCUGAUUCUGGUCUUCGGGGUGCAUUAUAUUGUCUUUGUGUGCCUACCGCACACGUUCACCGGGCUGGGAUGGCAGAUCCGAAUGCACUGUGAACUCUUCUUCAACUCUUUCCAGGGUUUCUUCGUCUCUAUCAUCUAUUGUUACUGCAACGGAGAGGUUCAGACUGAGAUCAAGAAGACUUGGACUAGAUGGAACCUGGCUAUUGACUGGAAAAGGACGACUCCAUGUGGCAAUUACAGAUAUGGCUCCGUCCUCACCAACAUGACCCUCAGCACCAGCAGCCAGUCUCAGAUGGUGGCCAGCUCCCGCAUGGUUCUGAUUUCCAGCAAAGUCUGCAGAAAUGCCAGUAGGCAAAAUGAGGCGCACAUGAAUUUGCCUGGGUAUGUUAGGAGCAACUCUGAACAGGACUGUGUGCACCACUGGGUCCAUGAAGAGGCCAAUGAAGAUGAAGAGAAGCAGGUGGAUGAUAUAUCGCUCAAGGAGUCACUUAGACCGCGGGGUAGUAGCACAGACCCUGAGGGGAACAGGGUAGAAAUGGAGGAGGCUCUGUGA